AUGGCUCAAGGGGACUAUGGAAGCGACUUCCCUCUCAAAAGCCCAAACCUGUCUUAUUGGCCAGCCACAUCAGCAGAUCUGGAUCUCAUCGCCAGUCUGCAAUCCAUGGACGGCUCCACGAUGGAUACUUGUGGUAUUGUGUCUGACGCAGAAUGGACGUUCGGAGAGCAUCAUGAAGCCCCUGAACAGAGUCCAGAACGGCAGCAAUCCCUACAAAAAAUAAACCAAGAUGCUGGGGGGCGAGAUUUUGGUUCCGAUUCAACAUCUUCCGACACCUACAUCUGCGAUUUCCACGUCGUUGAACAUCUAACGGUCCCGGUCAUUCUCAGCUCUGACCCCUUGUUUGGCACGAAUGCCUUUAAAGCGUGUGUAGCAUACUUCUACGAAUCGUAA